AUGGAUAAAGUUGGUGAAGCCGCUGUAGGUGUGGCUUUGGAGCUGCUCCUGAUAUCCGUGGCCGUUCAUGCAACUCCGAAGCUAGCUUGUUUCAGCUCGGACCUCAACCGCCUAAAAUCAAUUGUCGACCUCAUCGAACCAGCUAACAUCGCCGGCGAGAAUGAGGUUUUCGAUCGAGCGAGGAAGAUGGUGGACAGGUGUUCCGUGUUGAGAUGGUGGAAUUUUUUUACGAGACUAUACUACUCGUUGAAGAUAAGCCAACUGGAAGCUGAGCUGAGCAGCUUCUUACAGCUGAAUGCGCUCCAGAAGAUUGAAAGGGUUUUGGAGGAGAAUGUGAAUGUGGUGAGCCAGUUGGAGCAGAAGGUGAGUGAUUUGGAGGCCAAUGUGAGUGAAUUGUGCGCGUUUGCGGCAAUGUGA